GCAGACUGGGCCGCAAGUCAGACUGGCCUGUGUGGCACAUCCUCGCCAUGUCGGUGCUGGUCAUUGGCGCGGCCGGCGCGGUGGGCAAGCGCCUUAUUGGGGCUUUGGCGGCGCGAGGCGAGCGCAUCGUGGCAGUGGACAAAGCGCCACAGCUUCCGGACAGCAUUCGGCACCUGGUGAUGCAUGCGGAGACCAACGCGGAUGUUCGAAACUUCUACACCAUGCAGAGGCUGUUCAAACGCCACCGCUUCGUUCACACGGUGUGGAACCUCGCCGCCCCGCUCUCGGUGGAGACGGCGGUGAACCCCAAGGUCGCCGAGCAGGUGACCAUCAACGGCAUGCGCAAUGUGCUGUGGGCCAUGUACGAGGCCAGGGUGAAGAAGAUCCUCUUCACAGAUUCGAUCGGCUCUUUCGGGUCCCUGGCGCCCCGGGAGAAUUGCACAGCCCGCUGGCUCACCGAGCACCCGCUCCAGGACCCGGGCUCCGAUUACGGGCGCCAGAAGCGGGGCGUGCGGCGCCUGCUGAAGGAGUUCUGGAUGUCUGGAGGCGAUCCUCGAUGGGCAGUGCUGCCCGGGGUGCUGCACAGCGAGGCCGCCUGGGGCAACGGCACCACGGAGUACGCGCUGGAGGCGCUGCUCUUCGCCGCCAAGCGCCUCUCAGCGCCAUCCUCCCAGGAGAAGUUCGCGUGCCCGAUCCAACCAGACGUGCGGCUGCCCAUGAUCUUCGUGGAUGACUUGACCCGAGGCCUUUUGAGCCUCCAGGAUGCCCCGGAAUCCCAGCUCCGGGAGCCUGAGCGUGGCUACGCGCUGCCCGGGGUGUCCUUUACCGCUGAGGAGCUGUUCAAAGAGAUCCGCUAUCACGUGCCCAACUUUGAGUAUGACGUGCAGAUCAACGAGAACAUGUGCCUUGGCUUGUGGCUGGUUCCGUAG